AUGGCACUGAGCAGUGAGAUAUCAGCAUUUUUCCCAGAGAGAGCAAACACCAUCUCUGGCCAGCCACCAAAUUAUCUUCUAAAUCAUUCAGUGCCCUUGAGGCAUAUGGAGCUGCCUUAUUACCAGCUUCUUAUUCCUAAAGAAAAACAGAUCCUACUCCCAAUUCCACUGAUAAGUUUGAAGGAUAAAUUCGGGAAAACAAAAGUAUUACAGACAUUGGAAAAUGGUGUAGAGAGUAAUCGUUUCUCUUUGGACCUGCUGGGACAGCAAAGUGUAAAUAUUAAUGCAGAUGAUGUGACUGAUGAACCAACUGUUAGUUCAAGCGUAGUGGAACUGGAGAUUCCAAAGAAUACUCCUGUAGUUUCUUCCAAGUCUCCUACAGUGGAAACAGUCACUUCAGGAAAACUGAGCCCUCAGGAUGAACAGCUUCUUUUAGCAUUGUUUGGAAAUCAAAUUUCAGGUGCUCUUCAGCAGCCAAAAUCUCAGAGUACACGAUCUCGGUCCAGACUCAGCCCAGAAGAGCAAUUACUAGCUUCACUGCUUCGUCAGCAAGCCUCAGCAGACUUAAAAACCUCUUCAAAGGGUGGCCAGCAGCAAAAGGAACAAGUACCUGAGGGACACUCCCUAUCUACACCAUCAACAAGACCAAAAUCACAGGGGCUGCCAGUACCCGGGAAACUAAGUGAAGAAGAACUGCUUCUGUCCUUAUUGGGUGGUCAACCCAAAAUAACACAGACACAGAAGGCAACAGAACGGGUAAAUUCCACCCGUACAAAGCUUUCUGAUGAGGAGAUCCUUGCUGCAUUGUUAAGUGGACAAUCAAAAGGAUCUACAAGAACGGUGGCAACCACACAGGUAAAUUCCACCCGUACAAAGCUUUCUGAUGAGGAGAUCCUUGCUGCAUUGUUAAGUGGACAAUCAAAAGGAUCUACAAGAACGGUGGCAACCACACAGAGAACAUCCACAAAAUCUAGAAGACUGUUGACAGAUGAACAGAUCAUUGCUGGGUUGCUAUCAGGCUCAACCCCAGCAAGUCCAGCAGACCAAGCUCGCUUAGCUGAAUUACUUAAUGGCGGGAGACACAAAACAAGAGCGACAACAACUACAACUCCUGCUGUGCCAAGAGGGCUUGGUUUUCUCUUAGCACGUCCUGGAUCACAGGGUCUUUUCUCAUCUGCCCUCCAGCCAGAUGCAGGAAGUAUUGAUCCAGGAGCAGAUCUGAGUGGUGGGGAAGAUGGAAUCCGUGGUCCAAGGGAACAGGGCACACUUGUGAAGGCUGCGAUUGAUGUAACAAAGGCUGUUUCGCAGUUUAUGAGUGCUGUUAUCCAGGGAGCAACUCGUUCUUUCCAGUCAUUCUUUAGGAGUGGCACAAAUCUACUGAGCCAGUAUUUUAGCCUGGGUUCAGCACAAGCAGGAAACUUCCAGUUACGGUGAAACAAUGGAAAGAAUACAUGAAGAAUCAUAUGGCAACUUGCAAUACUAAUAUCUCAGGACGGAAGUACCAAAUUCAGGGAAUAACCAAUUUAAUUAAUAUGCUACAUUUGUGAUUUGUGGCAUUCAGUUUGGUAAAGAAGUUCCUUAUUUUAUAUCCCAGUCUAUUUUGUGUACUUCAGUCAUAUGAGGGUAUCUCUUUUGAGGAAGUGACAAAGUACAGAAAGGCUGUGCAAGGACAAAUAACUUCAUAAAAACUUGUCAACAACAGCUGACUUAGAUCCUAGUGUGUAUUUUGUUUUGGGUUUGUAUGAAUCUUUUUCAACUGAGACAAAUCAGUAUCUUGAAGAUUCACAGCAUUUAAAGUCCACAUUUUGUUCAACUGUGAUGCAUCUUGCAAACCCAAAAUUAAAUGCAUAAAACUGAACUCCAGUGUUAGAUGACUGUUCAUAAGGAUCACUUGUCUACUGGAGUAAUAGCAUAAUUUUUUGUCAUUAAUGAAAAGCAAAAAUCAUUUAUUUCCACUAACAGAUGACCACCCUUUUAUGUGUAACAGCUUUAACUGUCCUGUGCUUAAGAUGGAAUUUCUGCUUGAUGUGGUUUUGAUUAACAAUGUGUAAAAUGACAUCUGGUAUAGUUGUAAAUAUUACACUAUCUUUUUUUAAUUUUCGUUUUGUAAAUAUAUUUGGAUCUCACACCACCUAAGAUCCUGUGUAAUGAGGUACUGUACAUGCUCUUGCUUCGAUAACAUUAUUAUCACAGUCUGAAGGUCAUAUUACUGUUUCAUUUCAGUUGAACGACCAGAAAUGAAAUUUACGUUCUAGAAUCAUUUAUCUUGAUACUUUUUUAAUUUGUGGAUGUUAAUUUCCUUUAAAGCAGCAGCUUGACUCAAUGUUGUAUUAUGAAACCGCCACAGUAGUUUUCCAGUUAAGAGAAAGUACAAAGUGCUUGUAAUUUUUUUUUAAAUAUGAGACUUAGUAUAAUGCUCCAAAAUGAUCUUUGCAGUGUGACUGAGGAUAAAACUAAGACACAAAUAAUGCAUAUAUGUUGUAAACCAAGAUUUAUUAACAAUUAUCAGCUAAGCUGCUGACAUUCCAGAAAAUGUUUUCAGUAUGUAAUCUCCCAAUUCAUUGUUGAUAACAGAAAAUUUUUGGUAGUUCUUCUACUGAUAUGUACAUUAUUUAUGUCUCUCAGAGGACUAGGUGCAGUUACUUUCAGAAAAAACGUGUAUAAAAUUGCUUUUGUUGUUUGU